AUGCUUUGUUCAAAAUGCAAAGAUUUCUCUAUGCAUUUGCCAAAUUAUGACAGCUUCAUUUGUGAAUUUGGACAUGUCUUAUGCCGGUCAUGUAGUGCCGAAAGCCAGGACAAAAAUCGUUGCAGUAUUUGCAGUGGACGCAUAAUCCGACAAACUGAAUUAUAUCUGGAAGCUCAUCCCAAAACGGUGUUUCGAAACGUUGAACGUGAGCCAUGCAGUGAAGCUGCCAAUGUUAACAAUACAAGGACUGAAAAGUGUAGCCCGGAUUUGAUAUCCCUUAUGCCACGUCAUGAUGAAAUAAUAAUCACUGAUUCAGAGUUCACUUCAAAUGCAAUAUUAAAUAGCGCAGAUUACGCAUGCGACGGCAGCAGAAAUGAUAAUUCCAUGGCCCAUACACUCUCACUUGAUCCAAAUCUCGAUAGACUAAUGCAAAACAAAUCAAGUUACAUAAAUUGCAAAUCCCGGUGGGAGUUUGAACCUGACAAGCCAUUUGAAAUUGACACCGACUCAGAUUUAUCCGACUCGAACACAGUCAUUCAGCAUUUAACAGAAUUUCGUAAAGCAACUAAUUAUACACCCCCCGCUACGGUUACUGCUUACAAAGUUCGAAAUGCUGAAUCCUUUUACGAAGCUACAAUUAUCACUACAUCAAAAGAUCGAAUAUCUUCGAAAAUUUCAACCACGGUCCCUAGAAGCUAUACUCUGCCUUACCCGGCUCAUACCAUGGAUGCUAGGAAAGUCCAUGUUAGCACCACAACAGAAAAGGAUUCAAUUGUUCAACCCAAACAUCCUUUGAAAACGCAAAUGCCAGCAUAUGAAAACUCUGAGAAAAGACCUCAACGGAUCAUAGAAUUCAGUAACAGCUUCAGUGAAAAUAUUCGGGAAAAACUGAAAAACGAAGUAUAUUCGUCAUUCGAUGAAGGAAAGUUGAACCCUAAAAAUGAGUUCAUGAUUAAAGGCGUACAAGGGGACAUUCCCCCACAAAUAAGAUUUUACGACGCAACGGCAAGAGGCAAAGAUAAUUUCUUAUCAGAUACAAUAACGGCAGAGAUUGAAAAAGCGCUGAAAAAUUUGAAUUUGUUUCCAAGAAUCGUACAUGGAAGCGUACGUCGUGACGAGAUAGUGCGACAAUCUAAAUGUAUCUUGCGACAGAGAAUCUUGGAAGAGGUUUAUUCCCCUUUCGAAGAUAAGUCAGAAAGCAGUGCGACAGAUAAAACCUCCGACGAUAAAAAUCUGGAACAACCUGAUGAAAUUCAAACAGAAAAAGAUGAAAUACAAGCAGCUGAUCUACCAAUCACCGAAAGUAAUAACGACAAACAAGUCAACAAUACCAAACAAAUUGACGAUACCAUUAUGGACAAAGCACGGACGAUUGGAACGUCUACGGAAUCAUAUCCAAAACUCAAUACAGAUCCUUCCAUAGCUGCUGUAAGUAAGCCAAACGAUAAAGAUGCACAUUUCGCCGAAGAUGCAUACAUCCAAGAAGCGUCUGAAUUCGCUAUCCCUUCUCCAUUAGAAGAGAAUUCCAGCAAUGAGUUGAACUCUGAAGGAAGUUGGAGGACGUCCUACAAUAGUCCACUAAGUAGUACAGUUGAUACUCGUAAAUCAGUCAAGCUCAACACCCUGAUGAACCCUAUUCCUAUUCUCCCAAACUCUGAUCAUACUUUCCCCAUCAAGUCAGGGAUUUCUUUUGCAAAGGUCAGUGAGCCUCUAUACGAUAUUCCUGAAGUCAACUCAGACGGUGAGGAAUUUCCCGAAAAAGUGCAUGAGAAUACAGUUUACUACUGUCAAGUGGAGCAUACAUCGCAGAAAGAAAGCUCCCCAGAACAGUCAAGGAAUGGCAGACCGACAAGCAGACCAGUCGCUAUUCAAGUAGGCGAUUAUUUUGAAAGUCCUUCGACCAAUCUGGGAAACAUUAAGGAUAUCCGCGAUUUUAUCCGCUUCCUUCAGAAAGAGUAUUCAAACCUACGACUGAAAGAUCUCAAAAACAUUAUCAUGAACAUCCCUUCAGACGAAAAUACUAAAAAGAGCGUCGAUUUUAAAUUAAGUCGUCCAAAAGAUGAACCAAAUGAAACUUCACCAAUCCGCUUCAGAGUUGAAGAUGAAAUGAAAAUCCCACCACAAUCUCAACCCUCUCAGCAUUUAUUGAAGGAAAUAAACAUCACAGCCUCGAGGGCUCACUUUCAGUUACUCGCCGAUAUGUUCUCAAUUCUUCCCCAAUAUAAAACACUGCCUGCGACUGAUAACGAUAUCCAUACCCGCAAAAGAUCUUCAGAAAUUCCCAAGGCAGCUAAUCUGAAUAUCCCAAGGAGCCCGAUAAUAUGCCCAAUUUCAAGUUGCAGUAAAUUGGUAUUCGUAUCUGAAUUUUCAAAGCACAUAAAGAUUGAUCACGAACGAAUCCCUGUGGAAUGCAUGGCACCUAGCAUGCAUAAGAAUCUAUUUUUCGACCCCAAACUUGGCCACUAUGGCUUCAACAAAUGUCACGCUAUGUAUCUAGUAAUCGAUAGAAUUAAGGAUCUGGGCAGCAAAGACUACAAAGAUUAUCUGCCGGUCUUGUUAAUGUCGACGAAGAUCAGCUUAGCAGAUAUAUUGAGAUCAGAAGGGAAAUCUCGUAAAAGGGCCAUAAAGAACAGUGACAUUUGCUUGAUGAUCUGGUUGACUGGUCUCACCCUUCCGGAUCUGCCAAUCUAUUACACGUUGAUCGCUUGGUGCAGGAAAUGCAAGGUCCCUCGGUGUCAUAUCGCCCACUCUGGGCAGAUAUACCCAAUCCGGAAUAAGCAGGACUAUCGAUCGGUUUUCAAGAGCGGUCAAUUUUUGUUGUUAAGAUAUGAACAGUGGAUGCUACUAUCGAACAAUGGGAACGAUCUGAUGGAAUUACAAAUAGUUAUACAUUAA